UAAACUUUACUCUUCCAUAAGCGGUUAGACACUCAACACUGUUUCUUUCAAAAGCAAUUCCGCCCAUUUCCUCUCAUAAACUCAUUCUCAUUUCACCAACUAACAACAAACACAAACACAAACACAAACAAAAGGGUGUUUUUUUUUUUUCUUUGUUUGUGGGCAACGGAAAUAGCUCACUUUCAGACAAAAACUCCAAUGUAUGUGUAUGAAUGACUGAAUGGUUUUUAUUUUUUGUUUUCUGGAACCCAGCAGGAAACUCCUUUUCCAGACAAAGAUGUUGUCAUUGCCUAGAUUCAGAGUUGCUGCUUUAAUUUCUCUCAUACUUAUAAACUCAUCUCUGAAAGCAGAAUCAGCCAUAGGAGUGAACUGGGGGACCUUGUCAUUCCACAGGCUGAAACCUACCACAGUGGUGGAUCUCCUAAAAGAGAACAAGGUACAAAAAGUUAAGCUUUUUGAUGCAGACCCAGGUGCCCUUAAGGCUCUCAUGGGGUCUGGGAUUCAAGUCAUGGUUGGAAUCUCAAAUGAUAUGCUGGCCACUUUGAGCUCAUCCACUAUGGCCUCAGAUUUGUGGGUUCGCCAGAAUGUGUCCACAUAUAUGGUUAAAGGUGGCGUUGAUAUCAGGUAUGUUGCAGUAGGAAAUGAGCCCUUCCUUUCUAGUUAUGCAGGUCAAUAUGAGUCCUAUGUCAUGCCUGCAUUGCUCAACCUUCAACAGUCCUUAGCCAAAGCUAAUCUUGCAGGCUAUGUAAAGUUGGUGGUACCUUGCAAUGCUGAUGCAUAUGAAUCCACCCUUCCUUCUCAAGGAGCAUUCCGACCUGAACUGACUCAAAUUAUCACUCAAAUUGUUUCGUUCCUCAACUCAAAUGGUUCCCCAUUUGUAGUCAAUAUUUACCCAUUUCUAAGUCUCUAUGCGAACACUGAUUUUCCACAAGAGUAUGCAUUUUUUGAGGGGACUACUCAUGCUGUUACGGAUGGGCCCAAUGUUUACUACAAUGCAUUUGAUGGGAAUCUUGACACUUUAGUUGCAGCUCUAAGCAAACUUGGAUAUGGUCAGAUGCCCAUAGUUAUUGGGGAAGUAGGUUGGCCUACAGAUGGAGCCAUUGGUGCAAAUCUCACUGCAGCAAGGGUUUUUAAUCAAGGGCUCAUAAAUCAUGUUCUGAGUAACAAAGGAACCCCGCUGAGGCCUGGUGUCCCUCCAGUGGAUAUUUACCUUUUCAGUCUCCUUGAUGAAGGGGCAAAGAGCGUACUUCCAGGAAACUUUGAGAGGCAUUGGGGUAUUUUUUCCUUUGAUGGCCAAGCGAAAUAUGCGCUAAAUCUUGGUUCGGGCAACAGGUUUUUAAAAAAUGCAAGGAAUGUUCAAUAUCUUCCAUCUAGAUGGUGUGUGGCAAACCCAUCUACAGAUUUGUCAGAGGUGACGAACCACAUGAAACUUGCCUGUAGUGUUGCAGAUUGUACUACACUUAACUACGGGGGAUCAUGUAAUGCCAUUGGAGCAAAGGGAAAUAUCUCAUAUGCAUUCAACAGUUACUAUCAGCUGCAAAUGCAGAAUUCACAGAGCUGCGAUUUUGAUGGGCUUGGUAUGGUCACUUUCCUAGACCCUUCUGUUGGGGAUUGUAGGUUUGUUGUGGGCCUCACCGAUGUUAGUUCAUCAAGCUAUCGACCAAAUUGUAGGUGGCUUAUUCUUUGGUUUUUGAUCCUGUGGGGGUUUUGGGUUUUUGCGACCUGAAAAAAGCUUUCUUUAGUGGGUUUUUCUCAGUCCCCCUUUGAUACUACGAUGCUAAACUUAGGUGAUAGAAUACGAUUGUUAUCUAGAGAUGUCCAAAAUUAUUCCAGAUAUUUGAUUGACUUAUUUAUCAUCAUGUAAGAAACAGAGUAAAAGCUUAUGUAGUGAACUAUUUAAAUAUAAUUUAUAUCCACACUGGCUCUCUUUUAUUUCAAAA